AUGAAGAGCUCCUCCCACCUGGUCCAGCGUUCAGACGAGGCGGCCCUGGCAAAGUAUAUCUCUCAGUGCAUUGAUGAAAUCAAGCAAGAGCUGAAGCAAGACAACAUCGCAGUAAAAGCCAACGCGGUCUGCAAGCUGACCUACUUACAAAUGUUGGGCUAUGACAUCAGCUGGGCUGCCUUCAACAUCAUAGAAGUGAUGAGCGCCUCCAAGUUCACGUUCAAGGACCUGAGCAGCCCCAGCCAGUACGACACUGGCGUUGCACUGACUGGCCUGUCCUGUUUUGUUACCCCAGAUCUUGCCAGAGACUUGGCCAACGACAUCAUGACACUGAUGUCGCACACCAAGCCGUACAUUCGGAAGAAGGCUGUCCUGAUCAUGUACAAGGUGUUCCUGAAGUACCCCGAGUCCCUACGCCCCGCUUUCCCCCGCCUGAAGGAGAAGCUGGAGGACCCCGAUCCCGGGGUCCAGUCGGCCGCAGUCAACGUCAUCUGUGAACUGGCCAGGCGUAACCCCAAAAACUACCUUUCCCUUGCCCCUCUGUUCUUCAAGCUGAUGACCUCCUCAACCAACAACUGGGUCCUCAUCAAGAUUAUCAAACUGUUUGGUGCUCUGACCCCCUUGGAGCCAAGGUUGGGCAAGAAGCUGAUCGAGCCUCUCACCAACCUGAUCCACAGCACAUCCGCCAUGUCUCUUCUGUACGAGUGCGUGAACACCGUCAUCGCAGUGCUCAUCUCCCUGUCCUCCGGCAUGCCGAACCACAGCGCCAGCAUCCAGCUCUGUGUCCAGAAGUUGAGGAUAUUGAUAGAAGAUUCCGACCAGAACUUGAAAUACCUGGGCCUGCUGGCCAUGUCCAAGAUCCUCAGGACGCACCCCAAGUCCGUGCAGGCCCACAAGGACCUCGUCCUGCAAUGUCUGGACGACAAGGACGAGUCCAUCCGCCUGCGGGCCCUCGACCUCCUGUACGGAAUGGUGUCCAAGAAGAACCUGGUGGAGAUCGUCAAAAAGCUGAUGAGCCACGUGGACAAGGCCGAGGGCACGACCUACCGCGACGAGCUGCUCACCAAGAUCAUCGACAUCUGCAGCCAGUGCAACUACCAGCACAUCACCAACUUCCAGUGGUACAUCAGCGUCCUGGUGGAGCUGACCCGGCUGGAAGGCACCCGCCACGGCCACCUCAUCGCCGCGCAGAUGCUGGACGUGGCCAUCCGCGUGAAGGCCAUCCGCAAGUUCGCCGUGUCGCAGAUGUCUGCGCUGCUCGACAGCGCCCACCUGGUGGCCAGCAGCACCCAGCGCAACGGCAUCUGCGAGGUGCUCUACGCGGCCGCCUGGAUCUGCGGGGAGUUCUCCGAGCACCUGCAGGAGCCCCAGCAGACCCUCGAGGCCAUGCUGCGGCCUAAAGUCACUACCCUACCCGGCCACAUCCAGGCCGUGUACGUGCAGAACGUGGUCAAGCUCUACGCGUCCAUCCUGCAGCAGAAGGAGCAGGCGGCGGAGCCGGAGGCGGCCCAGGACGUCACCCAGCUCAUGGUGGAGCGGCUGCCCCAGUUUGUGCAGAGCGCGGACCUGGAGGUCCAGGAGCGGGCGUCCUGCGUCUUGCAGCUGGUCAAGCACAUCCAGAAGCUUCAGGCCAAGGACGUGCCGGUAGCAGAAGAAGUGAGUGCCCUCUUUGCUGGAGAGCUGAACCCAGUGGCUCCCAAGGCGCAGAAGAAGGUUCCAGUUCCUGAAGGCCUGGACCUGGACGCUUGGAUCAAUGAGCCGCCCUCGGACAGCGAGUCUGAGGACGAGAAGCCCAAGGCCAUCUUCCACGACGAGGAGCAGCGCCAUGCCAAGCAGCGGCAGCCGGAGGCAGAGGAGGAGGAGCUGGCCCGGCGUCGAGAAGCCCGGAAGCAGGAACAGGCUAACAACCCUUUCUACAUCAAAAGUUCCCCAUCUCCCCAAAAGCGGUACCAGGACAUGCCCGGAGUGGAACAUAUACCCGUGGUGCAGAUAGACCUCUCGGUGCCCCUGAAAGUGCCAGCGGUGGCGGCAGCCCUGGAGGCCGAGGCGGGGGGAGCCUGCGGCCGCCUCUCCUGUGUUGCAGGCAUCUUCCAGUACGAGACCAUCUCCUGUACCAACUGCACGGACUCGCACGUCGUCUGCUUUGGCUACAACUGCGAAAAUAAGUGGCACAAACAGGACGACCACACAAGAGUAUCCGUGUUGGGGCAACCAGGGCUGGGUCCCCAGGAAAGGCACAUCCCGGUCAUGGGCACCGGGGCAGGGCUGACGGCCCCGGGAUUUCCAUACGAAUUGUACCGCAACCCGUCUCAACACAGCCGGGCAGGCUUGACAGACCCAAGCCUUUGGCGCGAGCGGGUGCUCUUGACUCGCCACGCCGGGCUAAACCUCAGCUGA